AUGAGUGGAAGUGUUGUAGGCAGGGAGCGAAAUAUCUGCUUGAAGCUGGUCGAUCAGUACGUCCAGACAAUUGCAACAGAAGCAAAUUCAACAUACUGCAUGGCAAAUUUUGAUCGAUCAUUAUGCUGGCAAAAAACGGCAUCCGGUGAAGUUGCACAGAGGAAGUGUCCAUUUUCGUACUGUCCAAAUGUUGUGGGUUGUGAAGAAAUUGAGAAUAACUAUACCGCACAACGUAUCUGUAACGAGAAUGGUAGUUGGGCAGAACCGAUUUAUACACAAUGUAUUGAUGUCCUAAAGUAUCAUCCACAUUGUAUUGUUGGAUUCUGUAGGACGUGUCCAGAUUUACUCCGUGAAAUGGUUAUUAACGUAUCAUUAACGUUAAGUAUCGUUUCUGUGGCAUUGCUGGUAACGGCCCUAAUAUUGUUUGGUAUAUUAGACUCAAUCCAAUGUCAACGCCUUUCAAUUCAUAAAAACCUUGCAAGCUCUUUUGUACUUCGGUUUACUGUACUGGCUUUAUGGACAAUUGCGCAGACGACAAAUUUUUUUCAGGAUUGUUCUUAUUAUAACUCAAUGCCUCUAUAUGAAUAUGUUGCAUCAGUUAUGUGGAUGCUUAUUGAAGGUGGAUAUUUGUACAGUCGUUUCACCGUGUUUGCAAUGAGAAACAUUAAUUGUCCCAAUUAUGCUUUCCUCUUUUGUGGUUGGGGUGUGCCAUUUGCUGUUGUUGUUGGUUGGACGAUUAUUCAUCAGAGACGUUCAAGUCAGAAUCAAAAUUCAUUUUGUUGGUUACCAUAUGCACAAGCCGCUCAUCUAUGGAUAUUGUCUGCAACAAUGGGUUUAGCGUUAAUUUUGAAUUUAUUAUUCCUGUUGGGUAUUAUUCUCAUAUUGGUUCAAAAGUUGCGCGCUGAAAAUACUGCUGAAUCGAAAAAAAUAUGGAGAACGGUAAAGUCGACACUUUUACUGGUGCCACUUCUAGGUGUUUCCAAUAUACCUUUAUUCUACGAGCCAUCGCAGCCCAGCAGUGUCUAUAUGCUUGGCUCUGCUAUUCUACAGCACUCUCAGGGCAUAUUUAUUGCUGUAUUGUACUGCUUUUUGAAUGGUGAAGUGCAAAAUGCGGUGAAACGGCAAUUAUUAAAGCUAAAAAUGCAUAUUUUAAGCGAACAACCGCGUUUUGAAAUAGAACGAAGCUAUAUUCCGGAUGAGAUAAAUGAAUUGGAUAGUAAAUUGGGUAUGCCAAUGGGAGAGCUGAAUAAUACGGGUGACUCGAAAUGA